AUGCGUGUUUUUGUACUACUUGCUGCGUUAGCAACUAUUUUGGCCUAUGUCCAAGGAGCAGCCGAUUAUGAAUUUGAUGGAAGCCAAAAUGAAGGAAGCCACCAAAGAGUGAGAAGACAAUUUGGUUUUGGUGGAAAUAAUGGUGGAUUUGGUGGAGGAGGCCGAGGAUUUGGAGGAGGAUAUGGAAAUGGAGGUGGUUUCGGUGGACCUGGAGGCGGAUUUGGUGGACCAGGUUAUGGUGGCGGAUUCGGAGGAAGAGGAGGCCAAGGAUUCGGUGGCGGACGAGGAGGUGGUUUUGGAGGCGGUCGUGGAGGUGGAUUUGGAGGUGGUUUCGGUGGACCUGGUGGAGGUUUCGGAAAUCAAGGUGGAUUUUAUGGUUAA